AUGGCUUUAACACAUCGAAAGAACCAUAAGAAGGACCCCGAGUCGGGUGAUGCUGAUGCUGAAGCUAAGCGAAAUGAGGAAGAAGAGAAGAAGAAAUACGAAGGAGAAGAAUACGAUGUCUUACUUCGAUACGUCGAAGAGCAAAAACAGAAACUCAAAAAUAAGAAAGACGAUGAUGGAGAUAAAGAUGAAGAAAAUGUUAAAUAUACAAGGAAAUGGUAUACACCUUGGAAAAAGACCAAAGUUGAAUCUGGUAAUAAAAAAGUUCCUUCUGAAUGGCUAGAAACUGAUAGACAAAAAGGUCUUUCAUCUUCUGAUAUUGAUGAAAGAAGGAAACAUUCAGGUUUCAAUGAAUUGGAAAGUCCAUCUGAAAAUCAAUUCAUCAAAUUCAUCUCAUACUUCAGAGGUCCUAUUUUGUACGUCAUGGAAUUAGCUGUUCUCUUGGCUGCCGGUCUUAGAGAUUGGAUCGAUUUCGGUGUUAUUAUCGGUAUACUUUUCUUGAACGCUGCUGUCGGUUGGUAUCAGGAAAAACAAGCAGGAGAUAUUGUUGCUCAGCUCAAAGCUGGUAUCGCUAUGAAAGCUACAGUCGUUCGGGAUGGUAAAGAACAAGAAAUCGAAGCUAGGGAAUUGGUUCCGGGUGAUAUCGUCGUAUUAGAAGAAGGUGUCACUAUCGCCGCUGAUGCAAAGAUUGUUGGUGACUACGACGAUAAGGACGGAGCCAAGUCAAAGGAGAUCCUUGAUCGACAUGAAAAGACAAAGAAAAAGGGCAACAAUUCCGAUUCCGACAAUGAAGAGGACGAAAAUGAUGAUGAUGGACCAGACAAGGGUCCCUCAGUCAUGUCAGUCGACCAAUCUGCUAUCACCGGUGAAUCAUUGGCUGUCGACAAGUUCAUCGGCGACGUGGCAUACUAUACUUGUGGUGUUAAAAGAGGAAAAUGUUAUGGUGUUGUCACCGUUUCCGCCAAAGGCUCUUUCGUAGGUAGAACUGCUGCUUUAGUCUCUAAUUCAAACGAAGUUGGUCAUUUCCAAAUUGUAUUAGGUGGAAUUGGUACUACCCUUUUGGUAAUGGUCAUUGCAUUCAUCUUCGCUGUUUGGAUUGGUGGUUUCUUCCGAGGAACAAAAAUCGCUUCCCCCGACCAAAACAAUCUGCUCGUGUACGCAUUGAUCUUCCUCAUCGUUGGUGUACCUGUCGGUCUUCCAGUGGUCACCACUACUACCCUUGCGGUCGGAGCAGCUUAUCUCGCUAGAAGAAAAGCCAUUGUUCAAAAAUUGACUGCUAUCGAAUCUCUUGCCGGUGUCGAUAUCUUAUGUUCCGAUAAAACUGGUACCUUGACCGCAAACAAAUUGUCACUCAAUGAGCCUUACAUCGCGCCAAAUGUGGAUCCAAAUUGGUUUAUGACCGCUGCUGUUCUUGCUUCUUCUCAUAAUGUCAGAGGUUUAGAUCCCAUUGAUAAAGUUACUAUCGUAGGCUUGAAGGACUUCCCCAAAGCUCAGGAAAUGCUUAAACAAGGAUGGAAAACUAAUAAGUUCACGCCUUUCGAUCCUGUAUCCAAACGAAUCACAGCCGAAGUAGAAAAAGAUGGCAAACACUUCACUUGCGCCAAAGGUGCACCCAACGCUAUUCUCAAAUUGGCCAAAUUCGAUCCUGCAACUGUAGCUGAUUACCGAAAUCAAGCUCAAGGAUUUGCUACUCGAGGAUUUAGAUCUUUGGGUGUUGCAGUCAAAGAAGAUGGAAAAGAAUGGGAAUUAUUGGGAAUGUUGUGCAUGUUCGAUCCUCCCCGUGCUGACACCGCGAAGACGAUUGGUGAAGCUCAUGAUCUUGGUAUCUCCGUCAAAAUGUUAACUGGCGAUGCCGUCGCUAUUGCCAAAGAAACCUGUAAACAAUUAGGACUGAAAACCAAUGUCUACGAUUCCGAAAAACUUAUUGGAGGCGGAAUGUCAGGAUCUGAUAUAAGAGAUUUUGUCGAAGCUGCAGAUGGUUUCGCUGAAGUUUUCCCUGAACACAAAUAUCAAGUCGUCAAUUUACUUCAAGAAAGAGGACAUUUAACUGCUAUGACAGGAGAUGGUGUGAACGAUGCUCCAUCGCUCAAAAAGGCCGAUUGUGGUAUUGCAGUCGAAGGUGCUUCUGACGCUGCAAGAACAGCUGCAGAUGUAGUUUUCUUGGAUGAAGGUUUGAGUACUAUCAUCACUGCCAUCAAGGUCGCGAGACAGAUUUUCCAUAGAAUGAAAGCAUAUAUCAUUUACCGUAUCGCCCUUUGUGUACAUUUACAAGUUUAUCUAAUGCUUUCUAUCUUGAUCAAAAACGAGACUAUUAGAGUAGAUUUGAUCGUUUUCUUGGCUAUUUUCGCGGACGUAGCUACCAUUGCUAUCGCUUACGAUCGAGCCCCUUAUGCCAGACAACCUGUUGAAUGGCAAUUACCUAAAGUCUGGAUUAUCUCUACCAUUAUGGGUCUUCUUCUUGCGGCAGGUACCUGGAUUAUUAGAGGAACUUUGUAUCUUGAAAAUGGAGGUAUCAUCCAGAACUUUGGCUCAGUGCAGGAAAUCCUGUUCCUCGAAGUUGCUCUUACCGAAUCAUGGGUUAUCUUCAUUACUCGACUCGCGCAAGAAAAGGGUACUCCCAACGUUUUCCCAUCCUUCCAACUUAUCGCUGCUGUGUUUGCUGUUGAUAUCUUAGCGUCCUUCUUCGCUGCUUACGGCUGGAUCUCUGGCCCCGCCAUUGAACAUGGUGGAUGGGUUGACAUUGUCACUAUAAUUAAGAUUUGGGGAUACUCAUUCGGUGUAACAGUCGUCAUCUUACUUGUUUACCUCGUUCUCAACAAGGUGACUUGGUUAGAUAACAUCGGCAGAGUAACAAGAUCCAAACGAAAUGAGAAAUUAGAGAACUUUUUGACUGAUCUUCAAAGAUUGACCAUCGUACAUGAAAGUGAUCAUAAUGGAUCCUAUUUCAGGUUUGCUUCAGGUGGAUCUGGAUCAGCCACACCCAAGAACUCGUCUUCCGAUGGAAAUAAAGGUGAUGGCAAAGACAAGAAAGGACAAGCAAAAGAUGCUAAAACCAAAAAGGAUGCACAAGAUGCCAAAAGCUCAAAACCAGAUGACAAAGGUAAAGGUGUUGAAGGUGGUGAUAAAACGUUAUCAGAUCAUGCAGGAAAAGGCGAUCAAGCUAUUCAACAAAAGAAAGAAGAUGAUCAACCGAAACGAGAUAUGUCGUCAAAAGGCAAACCUCAAGUUGACACCAAACCUGUAGGACAAGGACAUAAUUCUCUACCAGAUGAAAAAACUCAACCUACCGCGACACAAGGUCAAAGUCAAAAAACAGACGAAGAAAGUUCAGAAGGUACUCAUGUCGAACCUUGA